AUGACUUCACGCCGAUCUCUUGUCCCUUCCGAAGCGCCCUCGCGCAUCUCGCGACGCACGAGCGCGUCGGCCGCCGUCAGCAAGCCCCGCGCCAUCUCCAACGCUUCCCAAACCUCCGAAACCCCAACCGUCACCCCAAAAUCGUUCAGCGGCAACACCGAAUCCUUUGCUGGAAAUCGCAAACGAUCCUUUACCUCCAUCCCAGCUCCGUCCCUCUCAUCCAACCGACUUCAAUCCGCGCCCAUCCAGGCUCUUUACCCUUCCAAUUCUGUUAGCACACCGUAUAGCCCGUCGUCACCUUCGCCUGUAACAUCAUAUCGUAAUGGAUUGCCGUUGGCAAACGGUGUUGGUGGUGGUAAAAGUGGGAGGCCGAGUAUGAAGCCGCCAGCCUCGGUCGCGGGCACGACUCGGAGCAUCGCCCGCCCUGUCUCCAUGUACGAAGCCAAAACGCCUGAAUCGCCUUCUUCUCUGACACCCCCACCGUCGAGCUUCAACCCACCAACGACUCCUCGCGCACGUUUAAUCUCCGUUCCUUCUUCGCCAAAUAACGCCAAUCUCAGCACGAGCACCUCGUCCCCACAAAUCAACCUCAUGUCUCCCAGUCCCAAAGUAAAAGCAAAUAUAAAAGCUAAUAAUUCGGCACGGCCUACUCCGCCACUCACCGCGUCUCCCAAGACCAAAGGCCCGAAAAGUACGGCUCCGUCUGCGAGAGGGGCACCACCAGUGUCUAAGAGUUCGACUCCUGCGAGGAAGAGUAGUGGGCCUAGUGUGGCGAAUGGGAAAACGAAGUCACAGAGACAUAGGGAGAGUGGGUCGGGGGCUUCGGAGUUGACAAUUUCGUCGCCUCCGAGAGCAGAUAGUCUUGCUGCUAGUUUGGGGCUGGUGGCCGAAGCAGGAGAUUCAUCCGAUGCGAUGUCGAUGUGGGAUGGCGAUGAUAUGACGUUGGAGAUGGUCACGGAUGCCGGGGAUGGGGAUGUCGAUGAGGAUUUCCAAGCAGGGCUGCAGACACUGCUCGAUAUCCACCAACGCAAACUUCUUCACUACAAACGUCUCCUGGAACGUUCCCAAGCCUCCCAAGCCAUGCAGCUUCAUGCUCUCCACGCCGAGGUCUCGGUCCUGCGAGAACGCGAACGCGAGAGGGGAAUGAAUGGUGGAAUGGUUAUGGGAAUGCAGGAUGAGGACGAGUUUUGUACCUGUGGUGGGAAGAAGACGAUGGGCGGGUACUGGAGCGGAUAUCGCGAUGAUCGUGCGGGUGAUGAAGAGGGAGAUGUGGAUCUGUUGAAGGCCUUGAGGGGAAGUAGGGAGGGGGAGUUCAAUGAGACGGAGGUGAAGAAGGCGAUUAGAGGACUGAGCAGGGAUGAGAGGAUGCGGCUGAUUGCUAUCAUUCUCGAUUCUUGCAUGCCUGGAGAUAUUCGCUUGCAAAUCCUGCUAUUGGAGAAGUACGCAAAAUCUACGUUCGAUAUCAUCGGAAAUCUCGCGCCCGACUUGGUGUUCAAGAUUCUCAAACACCUCACUGUCCAAGAGCUCCUCGCUGUCGAACCUGUAUCGAAGAAGUGGCAAGAAGCAGUCCACAUGCCCGCUCUCUGGAAGUAUCACUGCCUGAAAACCACAGCUACGGAUCCUCUGCCACUCAAGCCGCCGAAGUCUCCUGCUGGCUGGGAACCACUGUAUCGCUCGUUACACCACCGAGAGUCUAACUUCCGCAAUGCGCUCCCACAGAGUGUAAGGUUCUUGAACGGCCACACGAAUUUCUGUACGACCUUGCUGUUGCGCGGCAAGCGUUUGAUCAGUGGCUCAUACGACGAGACGAUUCGCUUCUGGGAUAUCGAGACGGGCGAGUUGAAGAAGUGUUUACAAGUCAAGAAACCCGUCAGUUGUGUCGAUUUCUUGGCAGACGAAGAGGUCUUCGUCGUCGGUUUCCACGACGUCGGCCGCGUACACCUCUUCUCCUCAGUGACCUUCAAUGCGCUACAGCAACUAGCUGGUCACCUGAACGGCAUCCGUGCCGUCGCGCUGUCCUCCAAAAACUUGGUGUCAGCCGGGGCCGAUAAAGCGCUGGUUUGUUGGGAUUGGAGGUCCGGAACGAAGAUCGUGAGGUUUGGACAGCAAACGACGGUGAAUAUUGGGGUGCAAUUGAUCAGUGCGGGUGGUGGGGCCGGAGGAGAGGAGGGAGAGAGGGUGGUCAGUGUGACGAUUGAUGGGAUUGUCAGGGUGUUCUCCAUCAAACAACGGGUGAUGAUUUCGCAGUUCAAGUUGUCGGAGUUGGGGGCGGGCGACCCGGUGUUGAAUGCGAAGUUGCAUAACGUCGGAAUGGCGCCUAACAAUAUGCUGCAAUGGUUCGCUGCUCAAGGUACCCAGAUGACUUGCGCCACCAAAUCUAUCAUUCUCCACCUCCAAUGGACAGAGACAGAGGAUGGCCCCCAACUCCUAGCUUCCCCUGCAUCCGAAGUCAAUCCCAACCCACCUCUUACGCCCAACCAUCUUAGCAACAACCUCAGCACCGGUCCCAGGGAUAGUCUGAAUGCCUCCGCUUCCUCCAAUCCGCGUCUCCGAACUAUUUCUUCCCUGUCACGGUCUACAUCAUCGAACUCUUUCAGCACUCCCGCGAGGAGACCGUCGCUCAUCUCGACAAAUACGAGUGGUUCAGGGUCGGGCGCGAAAGGGAGGAGUAGUCUCGCGAUGUCGACAAAUGGAGCGGCUAGUCCGAGGACGCCAGGCACGCCAAUGAGUGCGAGUGGGAUGUCGCCCGGUAUGGGUGAGAGAGGGAUGGCUGUUAGGUUUGGGAGGGCGGCGAUCUUGACGGCGCCACCGAAGCUGGUCGCUGUUGUGGAGACGCCAGAUGUGGCCGUUGGUGCUGUGGAUCCGAGGAAGAGGAGGGUCGUCACUGCUACCAGAUUCAGUUCGCGUGCGGGCGCAGACCGUCGUAUUUUCAUGUCCACUCACCGCGAUAAGACCAGCAAGACCACAGCCUCAGAAGACGACGAAGUCGAUUCGACCAGCGAUACUGACUCUGGCACUCGUGUCAACUCCCCAUUCAGCCUCAACACCAGCCUCAACCGUUCCGUAUCAGGCAAACCGGCCACGGUGGACUUCGAUACGGAGAUCACGGCGGUGACUGGUGCGUGGGGCGCACUGCAGGAUGCGGAGAGCGUUGCGGCUGCAGGUGGGCCGGCAGGGUUAAAUGGUGUCAAGGGUUUGAAGGGCACCUUGCCUGCGAAGUUCGCGGGUUUGGCCACACCGGAGAAGAAUCCGAUGUCGAUGCAGCUGAGCCACGAAGAGGUGGUGGUGGGCUGUGCGGAUGGCACUAUCUAUGUGAUGAGCUUUGUGGGCUACGACUACGCUAAGCAGAAGGAACUUGGCGGUGGGCUUUCGCUGGAGGAGCUGGGAUGGGAGGAAGGUGGAAAUUAG